CUGACGACCACGCUCUUUCAAACGCCCCGCCAACGUCACUCUCGACGUACAUACUACAUACCGGACCUCGACGCAGACUUGAUGCCGUUUCUCCUCGGGUGGAACCUCAUCCACCAUGUCUUGCUUCUGCAACCUUUGAAUGAACCGUCGCUCGGCGCGACACUCCUUGUCUGGGUCGUGCGCAUCCUCACGCUGUCCCUGCUCUUUCGGACGUACAUCGGACCCACCAUUGUCAGGCUCGUCUCGCGACGCCUGCGCAUCCGGAGCGUGAGCCUUCGCUCCAUCCGUGGCAUAUACUUCAAGGCCGGAAGCGGUACGUGGAAAGUUGAACGGGUCGGACUAUCAUACCACAGGCCUUCCCCGGGGCAGGCGAGCCGAUUCUCCGUCAAGGUCGAAGGAGUGUCUCUUGCGCUGGACGGCCACACCGGGGACCAUAUACGCAGGCCGUCAACAGAGAAUGGUCGCAAGCGCACCAAGGCCAACCCGUCACGCUUCGUGCGUCGCGCCCUGUGGUCCGUGGUCUCCUCUGUCUACACUGCGCUUGACCCGUACGUCCGUCCGGCGAUACGAUCAUUCUUCGUCUACCUGCUGCGUCUGGGGAUCCGCGCACUCCCUGCAAUCACCCAUGUUGUCGACUUUGAGCUUGAUUCUGCCAUCCUCACUCACGCGACACUCCCCGGGGUGAAUUUCUCGGUAGGGGAGGCGAAGCUCCGCACAAGCGUCUCUCUGGCUUACCGACCCACCGUAAUUGCUGUCGCAAAUGGCACGAAGCAGCCACCCAUGGGGCAUAGACGAUUCGCUAGCGUGGCGGAUUGGAACGCGCGAGUGAAGGGGAGCGUCCGCCGGACUUGGGACCGUGCAUGGGGUGCGACUCAGGUAUCGGCGUCCGUCAACCUGCAGGUCAAGAGUGUCGCGGGAUAUGUGGACGCAGCUAGUGAAUUGUUCGCCGGCAACCAUAGAGGCCAUUUCUUCCUAGACUUGCCGGUCAUACAGCUAUCUGUCUCUGCCCGGCUCAAUCCGCACCAAGGCGUAGUGCCUCGCAGCGUAGAAACCUCACUUGACUUCGGCACUGUGAACACCCAGGUGGAUGUGCUCCAGAAGCUUCUCAAGAAACUCAAGGAAAGCCGUGUGGCCAAAGACAGGGCUGCUGCAGCGCUAGCAGCGAUGCAUCGGUCGCGGAUGUCCAAGCCUCCUGCACCUGGUUCAGGUUGGAAGUCCCCCUUGUCCCCUAUCUCCCCCUUCAUGGGCUCGCUAUCGGCUUCCAUGCGGUGGAAAUGGGCCAUUCGACAAAGUCAAGACAUCAAGCUGAAGCCGCAGGUCGCCGCGAAACGUGUAGCGUAUGCGUCGUAUAUCAAAGCCAUACAAGUGAAGGUCGCGAAAUGCACCGCGAACCUCCAGCCAGAAGCAGCUCCAGGAGACACGCCUGCCGUUCUUCUCGCGUCCGUCGACGAGGUCCAUCUCGUCGUAGGUCUCAGUCAUCCGGACAACAGUAUGCACAAACAGUGGCUUGGCUCAGGCAUAGGCUCUCCCCUCGCGGGGUCGUCGACAGACUCGUACACGAUAGAGCUUUCGGCUGACCAGCUCACGCUCGAUAGAAAUGGCGUAGGAGAGCUCAUGGACCACAUGCGGUUGGUGACACUGGAUACUUUCAGAUGGGAUUCUCUCGUAUCUCGGUGGCCCUCUCCGUGGCUGGAGGGCUCGCCAUUCCUGACGGGAGAUCCGAACGCCCAACUCCUCGUCUCCAACCUGACCUUGGGCAUCAUUGCUGUGACUGAACGUCUGGAUAUGCUCGAGAAGUAUUCUGGAGGAGGGGAACGCUCCGUCGAGAAGACAGUCCACGGCCGGCCGCUCCUCCCUCCGCUGCUGGCUCCUAUCCCACGGGUAUCUCUCGGGUUUAGCGUUGGCGCUAUUUCUGCGCGCCUCAUAUCCCCAACACGCGAAGGCGAACAGGAGCCGUUCGUCCUGGAAGCGAGGAGUGGCGGUCUCGCCGGCUCCGUCACGUCGCAGUUCUCUUCGCGUCCGGACCGAAGCUUCGGGGACGUGCCUCGCGACUACACAGGUCUAAACAUGGAGUUCGCCUACGGCCUGGAGUUGGACUGUACCUCUGUCAAGAUCUGGUUCGGACCCGAUGCACACUUGCGGAGCGCUCGUCCUCAAAGCCUCCACGGAGCGGUGAACCCGAAUGAGACUUUCCUGCAACUUGACUCCGUCCAGCUGAGUGGUGCCGGUCACGGUCGAGGCGAACUCGUGGACGAAGCGUCCGGAGUUGUAGCGUUGGACGUCGCCUCUGUAUUCACGCAAUGUCAGCUCGCAACAGAGGCCGUAUCGGUCGAACUCUGGCAGCCCGAGGUCGUCCAAGCCCUGGCCUGCAUCGUCUUGCGUACCGGAAAGCCUCCGGCAGAGAAGCCGGCGAAGCCCUCGCGCCGCUUACUUGACCAGUUGCCGUUUGGUCUCUCAACAUCUGUGUCUAUCGGACGUGUCAUGGUGUUCAUGACCUCUCCGGACCUUGCUCCCGACGACGCCCUCAACAUUUCCCGGGGGCUGGCGGCGCGCACAGGGAUCUCUCUCACAUACUGCGCUCUACGACCGUCACACCACUAUGCGACGACGGCUAUCCUCUCGCGGGGGGAACAACGAGCCCACCUGUCUCUUCCCGCGGAACAAGUCCUACGUGCUGCAGAGGAAUCAGGGUCCUCCGACGAAAGCGACCUGGUUCGGGCAUCGAUACAGCUGUCUCUGUGGGACAUCGUCCUCAGAGAUGCAUUUGCCACACCCUUCGCCGCCGAUGACCCAUACGGGACGAGCGAAAGCAGUGCACAACAUCGCUCGCUGGAGUUCCUGCAUGUGGCAAACAUUGAGACGGACGUGAUCUUUUCGGGCUAUCGACCCAAUGGCAGUCCUCGUCCGAACGAGCUGGACAGCUGUGAAGUCGCGGUGGCCGUUCCUACUAUCAGGGUGGUGAUGAACCUCGCUCAGAUAUACAACGCCCUGCUCGCCAUGCACACGCUCCAGGCCCUCCUUCCCCAUCGCCCCAAGCCAGCCGUCGCCCCGGUUCGCCCACCACCUACCAUGACCGUCGACGUUCGAUGCCAUCUUCACCGUCUCCAGCUCCUAUGGAGCUUCCCACAGUCGAGCAGAAUGUUUGUGCGCAUGUCGUCCGUGUGGUGCCAUAUCGCCCCCAGUGGUGUGGUCGCCGUGGGAUGGGAUCACGUCCUCCUUGCCGUCGCCGUGCCUGUGUCCCGCGACGGCGUCGAGCAUCAAGAAUGGGAGGAGCUCGCCCGGCUUCCUCGCUGGCGCAUCACGGUCCACCCAGACACCACGCCUCUGACCAUCAAAGUCAAAGGAGACAGCGGCCGGUUGCGCAUUCCGUUCGACUUCAUCCUGGCCGACUUCAUUCUGGACAUCAACCUGACUAUCAAGAGCGUCAAGCAUCUGCUACGUAUGGUCGCUGCGGGCAAGUACCAGGACCCUCCUUCUCCCCCGGAAGAAGACGCGAAGCAUGUCCCGAACAUCAAGAUUGAUCUGGGAAGGCUGGUGGUGGAAGCCGCGGACGACGAACUCGAAGCCAAGCUGGGGCUGAUCUGGCGCACUGGGUUUGAUGCUGCACGUGUUCGUCAGGAGCGAGAGGACGCGUUCCAAGCGAAGGUGGAGACAAUUGUCGCGCCGAAACCGGUGGCUGCCUCGUCGGUGUCUCGCAACGAGGACUCGGACUUCCAGUUCACCCCCAAGCACACUGUAUCGGUCUCCGACGCUCGUCAACGUCUCCAUCAGGUCCACUCCGUAGCGUGGUGCUCGGCGUAUCGGGCGGCACGCGCUCACCAGGUCCACAGGCAAGAGUCCUUCUUACACGCUCAUGAAGGGUCCCUGCGCAUCACCGACGAUGGCUCAAGCGAUAUGGUCUCCGUCAACCGAGUUCCUCUCGUACCCCCUCUGGUUCGCCUCGCGAUUGAGGGCCUGUCGCUUUCCAUAACACCUCCCUCGUUUCCAUACAACGCACUACCCGAAUACUUGUAUCGGGCAGGUGACGGAUUGCCGCUGGAUACCACCUUCUCCCUCCUCAUACCCCUGCAUAUCCACUUCAAGGCCACCUCUCUACGGCUCGCCUACCGCGAGUAUCCGCUUCCGCUGCUCCAUAUACCCCAACACUCAAAAGGCAUCCUGCCUGCGCUCGAGUUCGACAGCGACGUCGUGAUCGCGGAGGAAAUGGGCUCAGAAAGAGUCGUAGAAUGGGUUCCGUGCGAGAUCGUGAAGGAGCACAGCGGAUUGUAUGGAGCGGCGCCUCUGUCAGUGCGUAUACCGAAGACCCUGAUGCCCGUCAAGUCGUACGCAAGCCCAACGAUCCGUGUCAUAACGGACGGCGUUACGGACUUCUCGUGGGGCGUCAGUUACGGCGCUGCAACUCAGGACCUCAUGCGAAUCAUCGACACCCUAUCACACGCUCCUCGAGAUAGUUCUCCUGCCGUCGGUUUCUGGGACAAGCUGAGGCUGGUUUUCCACUGGAAAAUGAAGGUCAACUUCGUAAACGAGGUUCAUUUGCACAUGAAAGGUUCUCGGGAUCCAUACGAACUGCGCGGAUACGGGGCCGGAUUUGCGCUCUGCUGGAAAGGUAGCCCAUCGCUGCUUGUCGGGCAGCCUAACGAUGCCGGAGAGCUUAUCCAGGUCAAGAGUGACAGUAUGCUCGUCAUUGUCCCAAACAUCGAGGACUCUUAUGGGGACGGAAUCGCGCAAGCGGCACCCACCGGUGCCAUAGUACGGACAGCGCAGACUGUUUGUGCGAAGUUGCGCUCUGGAGUUUGUUUCGGCGUCGGAUUCGUCCUGGAACGCGCGUGUGGACCAGAGUGCGACCAAUGCAGCGGGAAGCCCUUCGACAGGCAGUGCCGGCUGUUCAAGUUCAAGCCUCAUUACGACGUGAAGUUGGAAUAUAAAGAUACGGUGCCCGAGAUCAAGUCCGCGCAGGAUUCAUACAACGGCUUCCGCUCCGACUUCAUCCAUAUGUCGAUAUCACUCACGUCGGGUCUCGACCGUACCUCCCAGCUGCAACCCAGCAACUUCCACCUUUCUCCCGAGGUCUUCUCGCAUUUCUGGUCCUGGUGGUCGCUCUUCAACAGCGCUCUAUCUCUACCGAUCCGGCAGGGCCAGCUCUACCCACGGAAACGGCCUAUCUCUCCCAAGCUGGGGCAGCACCUCGCGACGCUCAAGUACAUGUUCUCUGUCCCUCGUAUCUUUGUCUCACACGUCUAUGUCGACAACUCACAAGAGGCGUGGGCUGACGGAGUCACGCCGUUCGUCGGCGUGAAGGCGCUGAUCGAUGAGUUCCACGCUGACAUGCACCAACGUGACACAGCGACAUCUGAGAUGACCCAAGGAGGCGUCAAGACUGUUCACCACCGGCCAUUUUAUGCCAUUGAGGUCGUCCUGAAAGGACUCGACCUCCGUGCUAUGCUUGCCGUGUUCCCAGACCCGUUAAAGCAAUGCACACCCCUGGAGAAUUUCCCGCUGGGCAGCAACUACCGUACUCGAAACGACCUUACUCCAAUCGACCUGAACUCCAGCUGGGUCGAUAUGGACGACUUCGCGAUCUUCGAGCAAGAUGAUCCGUCACCACCCGAUAUUCAUCUGCUUCCGGCGGUGUCAUGUCCGCGUUUCACGUACUUCAAGCGGGUGGACGACCAUGGCCCGGAAGGCCCAGACAAACCUUCCGACAAGAGCAAGUUCGGGGCUGAGGAUACCCAUGUCUGCCUGCUCGGCAAGGAGCCUUCUGUGAACAAGAUCCAGAUGGAACUCGCCUCCGCACGUGUCGAGCACUUGAAACGAAAGGCCGAAGAGGAGAAGAAUAAACCCCGGUGGCAGAGGCAGGAAGGAUCCGAAUCUUCCACACACGGUGAUGAGCAUCACAAUCACACCACCAACGACCGCCCACGGAUGAUUAACUUGCUCGAAGGCUAUAUCUCUCAGCUGCGUCAAGUCGACAUGGCCUCCCAAGCAUCGACGAGGAACGGCACAUCCAGUUAUUACAUGCCGGCAGAUAUGGUAUCUCCAGACGAAUGGGCCGGGUACGACAAUGUGUAUCAGGUCCACAGCCCGCAUAUCAUCAUGGACAACGCUAUCCGAGAUAUCAUGAUGCAGUACUACUACUGCUCACGGACAAGACGGGGUAUCGAAUACCAUAUGGCUACACGCGCUGUCAAGUUCAUUCGUGAUCAAGCGCAAGUGGCACUGACGGAGUUUCAGCACGAAGCUGGCAAGCACAAGGGGGCAGCAGCGAGUGCGCAAGCAGCUGCCAACGCGGUCAAGAAGCUUCUCGUUGGCGAUGGCGGGACGUCACCGUCUGUCGACUUCGUUCCACAAACGGUGUCAAAGCUACCAGCGUUCGUGGACCCACUGCAUGGCUGGGCGGAAGGAGUGUCGCCAAGAAAGGGCCAUUUCUGUCUGCUGCUGAAGCCGCAGAUCGUCCUGAGGGCUAACGCGGACACAGAUUCGGUCUGUGUGCUUGCGGCCGUGCAAGGCAAGCUGAAGACGUUCUCGAUCAUGGACAACGCAAAUAUACACGACCCUAUCAGUGGCAAGAUCAUGAACAGAAACUUUGCGUGGCUCACUGGCCUACAGACGUUUUCACCGUCGGCUACGAACACAUCCGGAAGGGAUUACGUCCCUCUCGAGGUGCUCAUCGACUUGAGAGCGGACAAUAGCGACUUCGAUCGCCUCUUCCCGCAGACGGAUGCUACCUUCCAGUAUGACAAGUUCAACCGCCUUCGUCUCCGGAACGACGUUACGUCUGUGGUCAAGACCAGUCAGCAUGUGCACGCGCACUUGCAGAACCAGACCGAUCUCAUUCGCCUACACGUUCCGCGCUUUACCGUGUCCGCCAACGACCGCCAUUUCCAAGCGAUCUCCAACAUCGUCACCAAGCUCGUUCUCUUCAGCGACGCGGCGCACAAGACGCGCGCGGAGAAGCUCGAGAGCAUGCUCUUCAGCUACGACUUCACGAACCUCUCCACCUCCGCGGACGUCGUCGCGAACAUGCAGCAGCGGCUGCGCCAGGCGCUCGAGACGAAGCGCGAGGCGGAGCAGAAGCUGCGCGGGUUCGGGAACCCGGGGCGCGUUGAGGAGCUCAAGAUCGAAGCGCACAUCCUGCUGCUCAUCGAGGAGCUCAACCUCAUCUUCGACGCGAUCAAGCUCGCGCAGGACAAGGCGAGCGACCAGUCUGACCAGAAGAGCGCACUGCUCCUACAUGCAUCGUCUGAGGAGCUCUCGUGGCGGAUGCUGGAUCGGCACGACCAGUUGCUGGCGAAGCUCGCUGUGCGCGGCACGGACUUCUACUGGCUGAGCCGGCACGACAGCUCGACGGUGAACAAGCUCUCGGUGGGCGAUUUGCAAGCAUUCGACGGCGCCGCCGACGCGGAAUGGACUGAGAUCCUCUCCAAGUAUGACGAGCCGUCGACACACCCUCUUGUCAAGCGCAAGUUGUUCCUCCUGGCCGACUGGACGGUGCUGCCGCCCGUGGGCGGCAUCACGAUCUACGAGGAGUUCGAGCUGAUGCUCCACCCCAUGCGGCUGCAGAUCGACAUCCGCGUGGGCCGCAAGAUCAUGGAGUACCUCUGGCCUGCGCGGCGCACGCGCAACCAGACGCCCGCGGAGACCGAAUCGUUCGCGGUGCCCGAAGCGUUCAUGAAGCCGGACGAGCUGCCCGCAGUCACAUACACGGACUCGCCGCGGCAUGCGUCGUUCGACCUCCCGCCACGCAAGUCGCUCGAUGCGAACCGGCUCGCUGCGCCGACGCUGCGCAGGCUGGGGACGUCGCGCUCGUUCACGGACUUGAGGAACUCGGCAAGGCAGGACUCGCUGCAGGUGCCGAGGAUGUUGCAGCGGACGCGCUCGAGCGACGCGCUGAAGGCGAAGUCGACGGAUGCGCUCGCGCUGUCGAAGUCGUCGGCGUCGAAUAAGACCACACAUGAUAAAUCGGACCGGUUGAAGCAGCAGACGGACGACGCGGCAGAGAUGAAGACGCGCGCGUCGCAGAAGACGUUCGUGAGGGUCAAGGUCGCGAGUCUUCAUCUACUUUUGAGUAUCGCGAAAGAGGACUCCUUCCUCUGCCGUGACGCCCGAAUCAGGACACGCGAUCUGGAGUACCGCAACCAGACGUGGAGUUUCGAGGAGCUGGUUGACCAAUUUAUCCCCUCGGGUCGAAACUGGCGCGGCUGGGUCAAAGUGGCGUUCCAACAGCCGCUGGUACCGGUGCUUCCUGUCGCGCGUGAGCUGAUCACGAAGACGAAGUGGAUUGCGUCGAAGAGGGACACAGGACACGACCGACCGACACGACCGACCACGCCGAGACUACUUUCGUCGAUUGGUGGCUUGCAUCGUAGCGGUUCUACGGCUGCAAGUGACUCCCGAAAGUCGAAGGACACCACAGUCAAGCCACCCAUGCCGCACAUGAUCUCAGACCCGCCAUUCUUGACGUCUGAGCCUGACACAAUACGUGCGCCGAAAACCCCCAAGCCUGGUAUGCGCACGCGUGCCAUCAGUCUGUUCAAGCGGAAACACACGCACAGCCAGGACAGCGUUGCCUCUUCGGAUACCUCCACAAGCAGGAACCGUGCGGGGAGCUAUACUGUCCAGGGUCAGCAAGCGGACCUCCGCGUUCCUAUCGAAGACGACCAGGACCGGAGAAGUAGCUCAAUAAGCCUCGCGCUCGAGCAACUUGAUGAACGCGAUGAUCCCAACUCGAACGACCACCAUCAUGACGACAUUGUCGAACACCUAGACGUUAUUGACCCGCAAAUAUCUACCGUAUCUACCCUUACUAAUGCUGCCAACGCCAUCGUUAUACCUCCCUUGUCAUUCUAUUCUCGCAAACCUGUUGUUGUACUACCACGCCUCCGAAAGAAGAAAAGAUCAAAGCAAAGCGACCCGGAGAAGGGUGCAGAGCAGGAAAGCGAACACGAAUAUGAAGACGCCCUGGACCAGCAUGUGGAAGAUUGCCUCAGGAAGCGAGACAAGUUCCGGCGUGUCAUGCAGGGUGUAUGGGCCUUUACCAAGACCCCGCUCGGAAUCGUCGUCGCGUUUUAUGGGUUUAAUGUUGUGUUCUGGGGCACAGGAAUUGUCUUCUUCCUGGCCAAGUUCAUCAACCUCCACAAUGACUACACUCAAGGAUUCUGGGUCGAGCUCUGUCAACAGGUGGAGACGGGCCUCUUCACGGCGACUAGUAUCGGUUUCAUACCGUUCCGAGUUAUGGACACAUACCGGAUAAUCAAGAUUUGGCACUAUAAGCGUAUGGUCGUGAAACUGCGAGCGAAGGCUGGUCUGCCAGAGCUCUACGACGCAGACGAUCUACCAGACCCGGUGUACGAUCCGAACUACGUCCACGUUCUUACCGAGGAACAGCAGAUCGACCUACAUUACCAGCAACACAAGUUCAUGGCGUCGCAGACAUGGUACCGACCGCACGGCACCCAAACCCACCGGGCAUUCCCUAUCAAUCUCGCGUUGUGGAUUUGUGUUUGCAAUGACCUCAACUCGUUCUUCCAAAUUCUCCUCAGUGGUACGAUGUGGGGACUGGACCGAUUCCAGCGACCUGCGUGGACAACCGGAACGACCCUCCCAGCCGCAUUCGUGGCCGGCAUCAUCGCAGGUGUGCUCAUCUACUGGGGCGGCCGCAAGACGCGCCGCACAGAGCUCGUCGAGGAGCGUCUCCGCAUGGCUCUCAAGAUGGAGCGUGACCCGAAGCAGCCAGCGCGCAACGGCAGCGUACCCGCCAUCAACGUCGAGGAGGCUGGCGAGAGCCCCGAGAGCGUGCCGCCGGCUGCACCUGCGCCGGUCGCCGAGCCGUCGUCGCAGAAGGGUAUCGCGUCCGCGCGGGACACGGAAAAGCUACAGGCGGCGGAGCUGGACGCGGACGCGCACGGGGCGCGCCACGCCGAGAAGGGGCUCAAGGCGGAGUCUACCAGUGAGAAGAGGCCGGCCGCGGAGCGCAAUCCUUCUGCUCGGUCGCUGCACUUCGCCGACGAGAUGGUGGUUCCGCCCGCAGAGCACCUUGCACCGUCCCAAUGAUAGUACUUCCACUUUCUUGGCUCUCGGUCCAGGCUCGACCUUGUUUAAUCUGUCCGUAUUCUGUAUUUCUGAGGGCGGACAUAGACACUGCCGUACGCUACGUUCAUCUACUCUGCCGCUGUUUUUGCAUCCACGAUACCACUUCCCCAUGACCCGCUCACGUCUGCAAUGUUAUCACCAUACACCACGUACCGGUUUCUUACAGUUAACAUUUUGCGUUGCCUAGUCAGCAGCACCCGCGAACGCACACUCGUCGCACCACAGUAGAUCUGAAUGCAUGAUGGUCAUAAUUACGGGCUAAUAUCAUCGCGGGGGUACAUGCUCGUCUCGUGGUAGGCUACACAACGGCGCCGUUGAGGCGCGUUUUAUGGAUUGUUGAAAUCCGCCCAUCCAUCCGCAAAAACCCAACCACUCUCCAAGCUCGAGCCGCCGCCGUCGAGCCGACGACGGAACGGCUGGCCGAUGGCUCGUGCGCCCCGGGCCGCCGAGCCUACUGCAGACGGCCCCGCGCAAGGCGGGGGCGCGUCCGCGCGCUGACAUCGGCUGGCGCGCCCGGGGGCACAGAGGCCGGCACCCACACGGCUACGCAAUUUUCUGCUUAUCCGCCACACUUCUGCACAACAUCUGGGGUGGAACCACAGGACGGGACACCUCGUUGAGAGUGCGCCGAUAAGUUACUGGUGAACCGUAACGCGGGCGCUGUUGAAGCGCGAGGCCGUACGCGUUUAGGCGUACGUCUGGCGGGCCCAGCGUGCGGCGUUGACGAGGUUCACCAGCGACGCCUCGGUCUCGGCCCAGCCGCGGGUCUUGAGGCCGCAGUCGGGGUUGACGAAGAGGAGGUCGCCGGGGAGAGUGGCGAGCAUCGCCGCGAGGCGCUCCUUGAUCUCCUCCUCGGACGGGACACGGGGCGAGUGGAUGUCGUAGACACCGGGCCCGAUCUGGUUCGAGUAGCCGUAGUGCUUGAAGGUGUUGAGCAGCUUCAGGUCGCUCUUCGACGCCUCGAUCGAGAUGACGUCCGCAUCGAGAGCCUGGAUGGACGGGAAGAUGUCGUCGAAGUCGGAGUAGCAGAAGUGCGAGUGCGUCUGGAGCGCGUCGGUGACACCGGCGGUCGCGAUCUUGAACGAGGGCAGGGCCCACGCCAGGUACGCGUUCCAGUCGGCCUUGCGCAGAGGCAGACCCUCACGGAGAGCGGGCUCAUCGACCUGGACGGCCUUGAUGCCGGCCUUCUCGAGGUCGACGACCUCGUCGCGGAGAGCAAGCGCGAGCUGCUUGCACUGGAGCUCACGGGAGACAUCGGCACGGGGGAACGACCAGUUGAGGAUCGUGACCGGGCCGGUAAGCAUGCCCUUCAUGGGCUUGCUGGUGACGCUCUGCGCGUAGCUGCUCCAGCGAACGGAGAUGGGUUGGGGGCGGCUGACGUCCGAAACGAUGAUCGGGGGACGAACGUAGCGGGAGCCGUAGCUCUGAACCCAGCCGUUCUGGGUGAAGCAGAAGCCCUCGAGCUGCUCGCCGAAGUACUGGACCAUGUCGUUACGCUCAGGCUCACCGUGCACAAGGAGGUCGAGGCCGAUGCGCUCCUGGAAGCGCACGACGUUCUCGAUCUCCUGCUCGAUGAACUUCUCGUACUCGGCGGUAGAGAGCUCGCCCUUGUUGUGCUUCGCACGCGCCUGACGGAUCUCCUUCGUCUGAGGGAAAGAACCGAUGGUGGUCGUGGGGAACUUGGGGAGGUUGAGCUGCUUCGCCUGGAUCUCCUUGCGGACGGCGAAGGGGCUCUUGCGCUCGAGCAUCUCAGGGGUGAUCGCGGCAACACGGUUGCGGACGGUAGCAUCGGAGUUGGUCUCGAACUCGCGGCGCUUGGUAAUCGACACCUUGUUGGCCUCGACGGCCUCAGCAACCUUGGCGUCCUGAGAGCCGGAGAGGGCGGCGGCAAUGACAGCGAUCUCAGACGACUUCUCGAGAGCGAAGGCGAACCAGUCCUUCUGCUCAGCAGUGAGCUUCUUCUCCGCAGCGAGGCUGACCGGGGUGUGGAGGAGCGACGACGAGGAUGCGAUGAUGACGCGGUCCUUGCCGAGAACCUCGACGGCCUUCUGGCCAAGCUUAAGGGCAGCCUGGAAGUCGGUCUUCCAGAUGUUACGGCCCGAAACGACACCGAGCGAAAGAACGAGGUUGGUGGGCUUGACGGCGGCGAUGACCUCGUCGAGCUGACCAGGAGCACGGUCGAGGUCGAUGUGGAGGCCGGCGACGGGGAGCUUCGCGACAUAGCUCAGGUUGGCGUCAAGACGGCCGUAGUAGGUAGCCAAAACGAGCUUGGGCGAGACGGGGGCAAGCUCAGCGUACGCCUGGGCGAACUGCUUCUCGUAGAGCGAGGCAGAGUCGAGGACCAGGAUGGGCUCGUCGAUCUGAACCGACUCGGCACCAGCCUCCUUAAGGGCGGCAAGGAGCUGCUUGUAGAUCGGGAGCAGGGCAGGAAGGAGGGAGAUGGGCUGGAAACCCUCGCGAGCCUCCUUAGCGGCCUUGCCGAGGGCAAGGAAGGUCACGGGGCCGAGCACAACGGGACGAGUCUCGACACCGAGGUCCUUGGCCUCACGGUACUCCUCGAGCGCCUUGUUGAAGUUCAGCUUGAACUCAGUCUCUUCGGAGAACUCGGGGACGACGAAGUGGUAGUUGGAGUCAAACCACUUCUUCAUCUCGGAGGCGGGGACAUCGACACCGUCAGCCUGACGUCCACGGCCCAUCGCGAAGUAGACAUCGAGGGGCGAGAGGCCCUUGCCCAAGUAGCGCUUGGGGAUGACGUUGAACGCGGCAGAGUGGUCGAGAACGUGGUCGUAGAGAGUGAAGUCACCACUGGGGAUCAGGUUGACACCACGCUCCUUGAGGCUGGUCCAGCUGGCCUUCUUGACAUCGGCAGCCGCCUUGGUGAGCUCAUCGGCGGAGAGCUUGCCGCCCCAGUAGGCCUCAACAGCCUUUUUCACCUCACGGUUAGCACCGAUGCGAGGGAAACCGAGAACGCUAGAGAGAACCAUUCUGAGAACGGAUAGAGACAGCGGGGGGAUGGUGGGG